GGUCUCCGAUGACAAAUGCAUCGACGCCGUUUUCGCAUCACCAGCGACUGCGGAUUUGUGGUGUGGAAAUUUCCGCAAAACAAAAAUAAAAAUAGACCUCGGUGUGCCAACUUGCAAGCGAUGCACAAAGGGGCGCCUCCUUGGCGAGUGGGCGGUGCUAACGUGGCAUCCGGAAUGAAGCGGCAGCUGUCCGGGAAUCCCGCAUUGGGAGAAGAGGAAGAGGCUGCAACCAAACAACAACAACUGAUAACAAGUGAAAGGUGGCCCUGCAAUCGCAGGACUAUUCUCCUGGGAUGCAUCUGCAUCCUAAUCUCGAUCGCCCUGCCGUCGAGCAAUGCUACUCACAUCCGCGGGAAAUUCCAGACAGGCGACUUCUUCCAGUUCCUGGCGAAAUUCGGUUUCAACAAGGCAGAUCUGACACGGCGCAAUGCCUACGGAUAUAUCUACGGCAAUGUCACGUCGACGGAUAAGUAUGCGGUUCCUUUGACACUCGUCGUCUUGGACAGGAGCACCUUCCUCGAGUUCUACGGCAAUCGCAGUCAAAGGAGCCGGGAAGCCGCCUGCACAGGGAUGUUCUCCCGCCUCCAAAGGAUCGCCUACGAUUCCACGUGCAAUCCUCGUGCCAAAAGGGACUUCCUGCGUCAUGUUCCCUGUCCUGUCAAUCAGCUCUGCAGCGAUGAAGAUGCACCCGGAAACGUAGUCCCGGGAUCGCAGUUCACCUAUGUUAUCAACCUGGAGGCGGAACCAAGAUUUUGGUACCUCUCCCUGGUGGCCUGCUAUCAAAACAAAAGCACCUGCCAGUGGCACGCGCACGAGAGCCUGCCAAGGCUAAGUAAAUUGGGCAGCAAUCUCCUCAACACGCUGCACUACGACAUCCAUCUGGUCAACUUGCAUCCGAACAACUCGGCCGCACAUCCACUCACCUACCAGUACUCGUACGAUCAGCAGAAUCUGCUGGAGAUGUACCUGGUGUUCCUGCUCGUCUACAUUGUUCUGCUGCCCAUGCAAAUUUAUGCGGUGCGGCGGCAGAAGCAUCCAGUGACCAAGUUGUUUACCCUGAGUCUUCUCAGCGAGUUCGUCAGCCUGGCUCUGAUCACCGCGCACCUGAUACACUAUGCGGUCAAUGGAGUGGGCGAGCCAAGAUUGCAGGCAGCGGGAGAUGUCCUGGACAUCCUGAGCCGCACAACAUUUAUGUUAAUUCUGCUACUGCUGGCCAAAGGAUGGGCCGUUACCAGACAGCAGAUCAGCAGAACGGGAUGGAUCAUUCUCAUGUCCAUCUGGGUGCCAUACUGCGCGUUCCACGUGUUCCUUUACAUCUGGGAUAGGACGGAAGUCGAUGUGGUUUCAGACAUCGAUGAAUACCAGACGUGGCCCGGCUGGAUAGUUUUAAUACUACGCACCUCCUUUAUGAUGUGGUUUCUUUACGAGCUCCGCAACACCAUGAAGUUCGAGCACUCAACAAAAAAACUUGACUUUCUACUUCACCUGGGCGCGUCCAGUUUGGUGUGGUUUAUCUACCUACCCAUUGUGGCAAUUGUGGCGCUGCAGGUCAGCCCCAUGUGGCGCUACAAGUUGCUGCAAGGCAUCACCAACUCGGCGGACUGCAUGGCCUAUUGUGUGAUGACAGGUCUGUUGUGGCCACAUAGAGCCGGCCAAUAUCUGCUCCUAGCGGGCACCAAAUAUGCGGGCAUGGAUGAGUUGGACGAGUUCAAUGAAGCGCCGCACAUUGUCAGGGAGCGUGAGAGGCGUCGGAAUUCGCCGCCCGAUGAAAUUGCCAUUGGUACGGGGAGUCGGGGCAUGGUGCUAUCCACUAGCAUUCCACAUUCGCUAAACGGCGAUGCCUGCAACGAUCUUUUGGAGGCUGAAGACCUCGACGCGGAGCUGCUCACCGAUCUUAACAAAAACAGCCAUAUUGUGGCGUAAAUGCAACGGGUUAAUUACUAGGUGUAGAUGUCAAUUGUGCUAAAUGAAACACGGAAUGUUAUUCAUCCUAACCAUAAACCAUACAUAUAGCUAGAUUUAGGUGGGUUGAUAUUUCCAAACUUUUCAAUAGUACUUUUUUUUUUUUGCCUGAAAAAGAAGGUUCUUCUGACGUAUUUUUUGCUUAGUUAUUUUGUAACACAGUAAGUUACCUAAAAAGUCACUCCCUUAGUAAGCAAAUAUUAGUUAUUACAAUUUUAAUUGACUUUUGACUUGAGCUGAGGUUUUAAAAUUGACCCACCAUUAUCUGGACACAAAUUUAUCUGAGUGUGUAUUCCAUAUAGCGUGUAACCACUUACAACAAAGUCAGAGCGAGUGCAAGAAUGCACCAGAGAUUGUUGUGUGAUUUUAUGUAAUAUGCUUGAAUUUAUAAUUAGUUUCUAGUUAACGCAUAGGAGAACGAUUCGAUACAAUACGCUUCAGCAUCAUCAUUUCGUUGCGGUAGUUUAUGCAUAUGCUUACAUUUAAACAAACUACCGACUACCUACUAAGAUAAGCAACCAAGCGGUAUUUUGAUAAGAACAAUCUAAAUACACGAGCUAAAACCACUUGAAAUUGCAAAACGAAAAAUAGCUGAAUAAAUGAAUAAUUUUUAGAUAACUA